GGUUCAAAGCGGAUAAUGUGGGAUUUUGUACAGGUGCGGUAUGCAAUAAUAGACCCCUAUCAGACUAAGUUCGGACUCGGACGUGUUCUCUAUCCUUUUUCUAGAUCUGUAUGCGUCGGAGGGGCGGGGCUUCUCUUUGGGCGGGAUCUCCCAGCGCAUGCGCAGAGCGAGGCGCGAAGAAGUGGGUCGCGGCGGCGGCGGCGGGCGCGCCUGGCCUGGCCUGACCUGGGAACCGCCGAGGGCGAGGCCACGCCCACUGCCCCUGCCGAGGCCACGCCCACCCGCAGCAGGAGGCCCCGCCCACGGAUGGAGGCGCUGCGAGCCGCGGGGCGCGCCGUCCUCCGGAGCCCGAGCCUGGCCCGCCACCGCCUGGGCGUCGCCCGCCUCCGCCGCCCGCGCCCGCAGCGGCUGCUGACGGCGGAGUCGCGGGAGCCUCCUGUGCUGCUGGAGGGCGGCGUGGGCUUCGCGCUCAAGUACCUGGGCAUGACGCUGGUGGGAGAGCCCAAGGGCGAGCAGAUGGCCGCCGCCGCCGUGAGGCGCAUCCUCGCCAUGACCCGCGUGGGGCCCAAGAAGUUCCGGAAAGUGGUGCUGACGGUCUCCCCGCGCGGCCUCUCCCUCCAGGACGCCGAGACCCAGGAGCCCAUCGAGAGCAUCUCCAUCUACAGGAUCUCCUACUGCACGACGGACAAGCUGCAGAACAAGGUCUUUGCCUACGUGGCCCAAAACCCCCGGAGCGGGGCCCUGGAGUGCCACGCCUUCCUCUCCCCCAAGAAGAAGGUGGCCCAGGCGGUGACCCUGACGGUGGCCCAGGCCUUCCAGGUGGCCCUUGACCUCUGGGAGGCGGCCCAGGCAGGCUCCCGGGGAGAAGAGGAGGAGGAGGAGGAGGAGGAAGGGGGUGUGCUGCAGGGGGAGAGGGGCCCCCACAGCUCGAUGGUGCUGUGCCCCACGGAAGGCGCCUGCUGCCGCCCCUCUGGGAGCCCCCCCUUCAAGGCCAACUUUGAGGAGGAGGAGGAAGACGACGACGAGGACGACGACGAAGAAGGCGACCUCAACGACAACCUCUCCAGAUGCAGUUCUGACUGUGUAAUCCUCACGUUGGAAGGGAACCCCAAGGGUCAUCCAGCCCAUCCUCCCAGCCAAAUCCUCCCAACAGACGGUCAUCCAGACUCUGCUUCAAAAUCUCCAGAGAGGAAACGAAGACUUCACAUUACAAAGGACGGGAGCAAUAGGAAGAACUUCCUGACUGUUCAGCAGUGGAACUCUCUGCCUCGGGGUCCAUUGGAGCCUCCUUCUUUGAAGGUUGGAUGGCCAUCUGCCGGGAGUGCUUUGGUAGUGCUUUCCCUGCAUAUUUGUUUAUUUACAAUAUUUUUACCCCGCUCCCCACUCAAGAGUGGCUUCCAAACUUGGCAAUAAUUCAAUGCCAUACAAACCUAAACAAUCUCACGGCCGGAAUCGCUGGGUUGCUGUCAGUUUUCUGGGCUGCAAAGGAAGACCACCCUAACCCCCCACAUACCCGGGGUCAGCAGGCAUGGGCCAACUUGGGCCCUCCCGCCAGGUGUUUUGGACUUCAACUCCCACCAUUCCUAACAGCCUACCGGCUGUUAGGAAUGGUGGGAGUUGAAGUCCAAAACACCUGGCGGGAGGGCCCAAGUUGGCCCAUGCCUGGGGGUCAGGCUCCGUGCAGGCAGCAGAGGAGGAAAAGGCAGGGGGUCUCGGCAGUGCAGGGAAGGCAGUCGGUGGUGCGGCUUUUGGGGGGGAAGAAUGGCAGGGCCCCCCGGAUGCUGCUGCUGGCAGUGAAGGAAGGCGGUCGGGAGCAGCCCCACAGCGUGGUCACGAUCCCAAACAGCUUCCAAGGGGGUCCUUUGUGUCCGAGGGUCUCGCGUCUAUCAUCCACACCUGGGGCACCGAGGGUCAGCCCCACUUCCUCUGCAGGCCCCCUUUUCCGGGGGGGCAGGCGUUGCUAGGGAUGCAUUGGACCCCGGCUCAGACUUCGAUGAUGUUGACCGAAGGCGACUUCUUCUGUGGGGAGAGAGGAAGGGGCAGGGAGAGGCCAUAAUAAUAUUUAUAGUUGAGGCUCGAGUCUGUUUAAGUACAGAAGCCAAUGUUAGAAGUUAGAAGUCAGUUGAGGCUCGAGUCUGUUUAAGUACAGAAGCCAAUGUUAAAAGUUAGAAGUCAGUUGAGGCUCGAGUCUGUUUAAGGACAGAAGCCAAUGUUAGAAGUCAGAAGUCAGUUGAGGCUUGAGUCUGUUUAAGGACAGAAGCCAAUGUUAGAAGUUAGAAGUUAGUUGAGGCUCGAGUCUGUUUAAGGACAGAAGCCAAUGUUAGAAGUCAGAAGUCAGUUGAGGCUUGAGUCUGUUUAAGGACAGAAGCCAAUGUUAGAAGUUAGAAGGCUGUUGAGGCUUGAGUAGGUUUAAGUCCAGGAGCCAAUGUUAGAAGUUAGAAGUCAGUUGAGGCUUGAGUCUAAGUUCAGAAGCCAAUGUUAGAAGUUAGAAGUCAGUUGAGGCUCGAGUCUGUUUAAGGACAGAAGCCAAUGUUAGUAGUUACAAGUCAGUUGAGGCUUGAGUCUGUUUAAGGACAGAAGCCAAUGUUAGAAGUUAGAAGGCUGUUGAGGCUUGAGUAGGUUUAAGUCCAGGAGCCAAUGUUAGAAGUUAGAAGUCAGUUGAGGCUUGAGUCUAAGUUCAGAAGCCAAUGUUAGAAGUUAGAAGUCAGUUGAGGCUCGAGUCUGUUUAAGGACAGAAGCCAAUGUUAGUAGUUACAAGUCAGUUGAGGCUUGAGUCUGUUUAAGGACAGAAGCCAAUGUUAGUAGUUACAAGUCAGUUGAGGCUCGAGUCUGUUUAAGGACAGAAGCCAGUGUUAGAAGUUAGAAGGCUGUUGAGGCUUGAGUAGGUUUAAAUUAAGGAGCCAAUGUUAGAAGUCAGAAGUCAGUUGAGGCUUGAGCCUGUUUAUUUAUUUUAUUUUAUUUACAACAUUUCUACCCCGCCCUUCUCACCCGAGGGGACUCAGGGCGGCUUACAACAACCGGCAAAAUUCAAUGCCAAACAGAUCAAUAAAACAGCAACACAUUUAAAACCAUUAACAACUACAGUAGAGUCUCACUAAUCCAAGCUAAACGGGCCGGCAGAAGCUUGGAUAAGCGAAUAUCUUGGAUUAUAAGGACUGAUCAAGAAAAAGCCUAUUAAACAUCAAAUUAGGUUAUGAUUUUACAAAUUAAGCACCAAAACUUCAUGUUAUACAACAAAUUUGACAGAAAAAGUAGUUCAAUAUGCAGUAAUGUUAUGCUGUAAUUACUGUAUUUAUGAAUUUAGCACCAAAAUAUCACGAUAUAUUGGAAUCAUUGACUACAAAAAUGGCUUGGAUUAUCCAGAGGCUUGGAUAAGCGAGGCUUGGAUUAGUGAGACUCUACUGUAUUCAUAAAAUUGGGAUGAUCUUCAGGACUAUCUGGGUAAUUUGAGAAAAUGAAGAUUACGGGAGACAAUUUUGCUAUUUUUUUUUCUUGGCAAGAAAAAAUAUUACUGAAUAAUAAGAAAAUAUUACCCAAGAAGAUGGAAUGGAAGUCUUUUUUUCUUUCUCCACAUUUUUUUUUUAGUGUGUGUUGGUAUAUUUUUGUAGAAUGUAGACUUUUAUCUUUCUCUCUUUUUCCUACUUUUCUAUACCUUGGUUGUUCUCACUCUUUCGGUGUAAUAUAAAAAAUUUAAUAAAUUUCUUAAAAAAAAACUA